ACACUCGCUCGCCCCCCCUCCCCCCAACUCCACCUGCUGCUGCUUCGCUUCGUCUCCACUUCACCAAACCCUCGCGCGCCGUGGAGGAGGUGGAGGCGAGAGCGGAGCAGGAAGAUGGCGAGCGGAAGCAAUGGCCAAUGAGUGCGCGGUAGCCUCGCCUUUUCUACCCCAGCGCCUGCCGUAUUAGCUUAGUGCUCGGGUUGGUGCGGCGGGGACUUCGGUGGGGGGCGCGCGGCUUCGCUUCUCGGGCACGCCUCCGCUCGCCCGGAUCUGGGCUGCGGCGGCGAGAUCCUGAGCUCAGAUUCGUCGCGGAGGUAAGGUGGCGGCGAUGGAUUCCGCGGCGGCGGCGGGGGAGGGGCAGCGGUUCAAGCGCAUUCCGCGGCAGUCGUUGGCGGGGAACCUGGAGCUGGAUCCACUGCUUAAUGAAAAUUUAGAUCAAUGGCCACAUCUAAAUGAGCUGGUUCAGUGCUAUAAGGCUGAUUUUGUGAAAGACGACUGCAAAUAUGGACGAUAUGAAAGUGUUGCACCACCAUCUUUUCAGAAUCAAAUUUUUGAGGGACCUGAUACUGACUUAGAAACAGAAUUGCAGCUUAGCAAUGAUAGGCAAUCCAAGCCUGAUGAAGUUACUGAAGAUGAUAUGCCAAGCACAUCAGGGAGACAAUUAUAUGAGACUGAAGUGCCCGCUUCAUCCUCAAAAAAACACUGCAGUCUAUCACCUUUACCAGCAUAUGAACCGGCAUUUGAUUGGGAAAAUGAGAGAUCUUUGAUAUUCGGCCAACGGGUGCCAGAAAGUGUCCCUGCAAUAAACAGCAGUGGAUUGAAGAUAACUGUCAAGGUGUUAUCUUUGUCAUUUCAAGCUGGAUUAGUUGAGCCUUUUAGUGGUACAAUCUGCUUGUACAACAGAGACAGAAGAGAAAAAUUGUCAGAAGAUUUCUAUUUUCAUAUACUCCCAACAGAAAUGCAAGAUGCUCAGAUUUCUCUAGACCGCCGAGGUGUUUUUUCAUUGGAUGCCCCUUCACCAUCAGUGUGCCUUCUGAUUCAGCUAGAGAAGGCUGCCACUGAGGAAGGGGGAGUAACACCCUCUGUUUAUUCUCGUAAAGAACCUGUUCACUUGACUGAUAAAGAGAAGCAAAAAUUGCAAGUCUGGUCUCGAAUCAUGCCAUAUAGAGAGUCGUUCGCAUGGGCUAUGAUUCCACUGUUUGAGAACAACCAGGCUGGUGGUGCUGCCUCUCCCAGUAGCCCUCUAGCACCAAGUAUGUCAGGCUCAAGUUCUCAAGAUAGUAUAGUGGAGCCUAUUUCCAAGCUCACUUUGGAUGGAAAGCUCAAUCAUUAUUCAAGUGGAAGCUCAGUUAUUGUAGAGAUAUCAAAUUUGAACAAAGUGAAGGAAAGCUACAUAGAGGACUCCCUCCAAGACCCCAAAAGAAAAGUACACAAACCAGUGAAAGGUGUACUGAGGUUAGAGGUGGAAAAACUUCAUAAUGGCCACAACGACAUGGAUAACAUUUCUGAGGGCGGUAGCAUGGCCAAUGAUUUGAAUGAUGCUGGUGAACUCAAUAAUGGUAGAUACAACCGGAGUAGCUUUGAUGGGAUCCAUGGUUCUUUGAAUUCUAGUGCCGUGGCCCAGAAAGAUGCACAUCAGAAUGGUCAAGCUUCCAAUACAGAGAGUGGUGAAAAUUUUCAAGCUUUUGACUUUCGGAUGAUGACCCGAAGUGAGCCAUUUUCACAACUCUUCCAUUGUCUCUAUGUGUACCCACUGACUAUUAGCUUGGGCCGUAAAAGAAAUCUAUUUGUAAGAGUGGAAUUGAGAAAGGAUGAUUCUGACAUCCGCAAGCCUCCAUUAGAGGCUGUUCAUCCAAGGGAUCGGAACACAACACUACAGAAGUGGGCGCAUACUCAGAUUGCUGUUGGAACGAGAAUGGCUUGCUACCAUGAUGAAGUUAAAAUCAGUCUGCCUGCUCUCUUGACACCCCAACAUCAUCUUCUGUUCACAUUUUACCAUGUAGAUCUCCAAAUGAAACCUGAAGCCCCCAAACCAGUUGUCGUGGGAUAUGCUGUUCUUCCACUGUCGACACACAUUCAGUUACUUUCAGACGUAUCUUUGCCAAUUUUAAGAGAACUUGUUCCACAUUACCUGCAGGAAAGUGGAAAGGAAAGAAUGGACUAUCUGGAGGAUGGCAAAACUGUUUUUAGGUUGCGAUUAAGACUUUGUUCUUCAUUAUUCCCAGUUAAUGAAAGAAUAAGAGACUUUUUUGUCGAGUAUGACCGCCAUACACUUCAUACAAGUCCACCUUGGGGUUCUGAGCUUCUUGAGGCCAUAAACAGUUUAAAGAAUGUUGAAUCUACUGCACUGUUGCAAUUUCUCCAACCCAUACUUAAUAUGCUACUUCAUCUUAUCGGUGAUGGUGGUGAAACCCUUCAGGUUGCCGCAUUUCGAGCUAUGGUCAAUAUCCUAACCCGGGUCCAGCAGGAAUCAUCUGAUGGGGCUGAGAGAAAUCGGUUUCUUGUUAGUUAUGUUGAUUAUGCUUUUGAUGACUUUGGUGAUCGGCAAGCACCUGUAUACCCUGGUCUGUCUACUGUUUGGGGAAGCCUGGCUCGGAGUAAGGCUAAAGGUUAUAGAGUUGGGCCAGUCUAUGAUGAUGUGCUGGCAAUGGCUUGGUUUUUUCUGGAGCUUAUUGUAAAAUCGAUGGGAUUGGAACAAAGUCGUCUAUUUUACCAUAAUCUUCCACUAGGUGAAGAUGUCCCACCGCUACAGUUGAAAGAUGGUGUCUUCCGAUGUAUCAUGCAGCUGUUUGAUUGCCUUCUAACUGAGGUUCAUGAGCGCUGUAAAAAGGGUUUAAGCUUGGCGAAGCGCUUGAACAGCACACUUGCUUUCUUUUGUUAUGAUCUUCUAUCAAUUAUUGAGCCACGCCAAGUUUUUGAGCUGGUUUCAUUGUAUAUGGACAAGUUUGCAGGAGUUUGCCAGUCAAUUCUCCAUGAUUGCAAAUUGACAUUCCUUCAGAUAAUAUGUGACCAUGAUCUUUUUGUUGAGAUGCCUGGUCGUGACCCCUCUGAUAGAAAUUAUCUCUCGUCAGUACUUAUUCAAGAGAUUUUUCUCACCCUUGACCAUGAUGAUCUAUCUCAGCGAGCGAAAGCAGCCCGUAUUUUGGUUGUUCUAAUAUGCAAGCAUGAAUUUGAUGCACGAUAUCAAAAAAGUGAAGACAAGCUGUAUAUUGCUCAGCUGUAUUUUUCUCUUAUAGGACAGAUUCUAGAUGAGAUGCCUGUAUUCUAUAAUCUAAAUGCUGUUGAAAAGCGUGAGGUGCUGGUAGUCAUUUUGCAAAUCAUAAGGAACUUGGACGACAUGACUCUGAUCAAAGCAUGGCAACAGAGCAUUGCUAGAACCAGAUUGUUCUUCAAGCUACUUGAAGAAUGCAUUACCCAUUUUGAGCACAACAAAACAGGAGACAGCUUGUUACUAGGCUCAAGUUCACGGAGCCCUGAUGCUGAGCGCCCUGCAUCUCCAAAGUACUCCGAUCGAUUAUCCCCAUCAGUUAAUGCAUAUUUGUCUGAGGCAUCACGCCAUGAAAUAAGGCCUCAGGGAACACCAGAAAAUGGAUACAUGUGGAACAGGGUUAGUCCUCAACUGAGCUCUCCUAACCAGCCCUAUUCAUUGAGAGAAGCACUUGCUCAAGCGCAGUCUUCAAGGAUUGGAUCAACCGCGAGGGCACUGAGAGAAUCUCUACAUCCAGUGCUGAGACAAAAGUUGGAACUGUGGGAAGAAAAUCUCAGUACUGCUGUGAGCCUGGAAGUGUUGGGAAUAAUUGAUAAGUUUUCAGUCGCUGCAGCUUCUCGUAGCAUCACUACUGAUUACGCAAAGCUAGAUUGUGUAACAUCUGUAUUAAUGGGUCUUUUAUCAAGGAGCCAGCCCUUAGCUUUUUGGAAAGCUUUCCUUCCUGUGGUGUAUAAUAUAUUUAACCUCCAUGGCGCAACACUGAUGGCAAGGGAGAAUGAUCGCUUCUUGAAGCAAAUUGCUUUUCAUCUUUUGCGCCUUGCUGUUUUCCGGAAUGAUUCUAUUAGAAAAAGGGCUGUUGUUGGGUUGCAGAUUCUUGUUAGGAACUCGUUUAAUUAUUUUAAGAACACCACAAGGUUGAGGGUGAUGUUGACAAUCACUUUGUCAGAACUUAUGUCUGAUGUGCAAGUAACUCAGAUGAAAUCUGAUGGCUCUCUUGAGGAAAGUGGUGAAACUCGGUGCCUUAGGAAAUCACUAGAGGAAAUGGCUGAUGUACGAAGUAAGGAUCUCUUGAAAGAUUGUGGCCUCCCUGUUAAUGCACUGGAGGCAGCGCCUGAAGGGUCGACUGAUAAUAGGUGGUCUUGGGUAGAAGUUAAACAUCUAUCCAAAUGUCUAGUCCAGGCCCUUGAUGCUGGUCUUGAACAUGCCCUCUUGGGCUCUGAAAUGACUCUGGACAGGUACGCUGCUGCUGAGGGUUUCUAUAAGCUAGCAAUGGCCUACGCGCCUGUGCCAGAUCUUCAUAUAAUGUGGUUACUGCAUCUAUGUGAUGCACAUCAGGAGAUGCAAUCAUGGGCUGAAGCUGCACAAUGUGCAGUUGCUGUAGCUGGUGUUAUCAUGCAGGCACUUGUUGGAAGGAAUGAUGCGGUGUGGAGUAAGGAGCAUGUUGCUUCCCUAUGUAAGAUUUGCCCUAUUGUGAACACUGAUGUUAGCUCAGAAGCAUCUGCAGCAGAAGUUGAGGGAUAUGGUGCAUCCAAGCUUACUGUGGAUUCAGCUGUCAAGUAUCUUCAGCUGGCAAACAAACUUUUUGCACAAGCCGAACUCUAUCACUUUUGUGCUAGUAUUCAGGAACUCAUCAUUCCUGUGUAUAAAAGCAGAAGGGCAUAUGGGCAUCUGGCUAAGUGUCAUACAUCACUCAAGGAUAUCUAUGAGUCAAUUCUUGAACAGGAGGCUAGUCCUAUACCAUUCAUUGAUGCUACCUACUACCGGGUAGGGUUUUAUGGGGAGCGGUUUGGCAAACUCAACAAAAAGGAGUAUGUGUUCAGAGAGCCAAGAGAUGUUCGUCUUGGUGACAUAAUGGAGAAGCUUAGUCAUAUCUAUGAGGCUAAAAUGGAUGGCAAUCACACCUUACACAUCAUUCCGGAUUCGAGACAAGUCAACGCUGAUGAGUUGCAACCUGGUGUCUGCUAUCUGCAGAUAACUGCUGUUGAUCCUGUAAUGGAGGAUGAGGACCUAGGGAGUAGAAGGGAAAGGAUUUUCUCUUUAUCUACUGGUACUGUCCGGGCCCGUGUGUUCGACCGUUUUCUUUUUGAUACACCAUUCACAAAGAAUGGAAAAACACAAGGUGGCCUUGAAGAUCAGUGGAAGAGGCGCACAGUACUCCAGACAGAGGGUUCCUUUCCUGCUUUGGUGAAUCGUCUGUUAGUGAUCAAAUCAGAAUCUCUAGAGUUUUCUCCUGUUGAGAAUGCGAUUGGAAUGAUCGAGACAAGGACAGCUGCCUUGCGAAAUGAACUAGAAGAACCACGCAGUUCGGAAGGUGACCAACUCCCAAGACUCCAAAGCCUGCAGAGGAUACUCCAAGGAAGUGUGGCUGUUCAGGUAAAUAGUGGUGUAUUAAGUGUGUGCACUGCAUUCUUAUCUGGUGAGCCCGCAACUAGGCUCCGAUCUCAAGAACUGCAGCAGCUCAUCGCUGCAUUGCUGGAAUUCAUGGCCGUCUGCAAGCGCGCAAUCCGUGUGCAUUUUAGAUUGAUAGGGGAAGAAGACCAGGAAUUCCACACUCAACUAGUCAAUGGCUUUCAGUCGCUCACAGCUGAGCUUUCACACUAUAUUCCUGCAAUUCUUUCAGAGCUAUAACUGUAUUCUAGCAAGCUGGCAAGUAGGUAGCAUUUGAAUGGUUCAUUCUUUCAGUUGGGGCUCCCCACCUUGUCCAUAAUUCCGUUAGUUUGGUUGUAUAGUUCUGGAAAACUAACUAGGCUUUUCAAUUCUGUUCUGUUUGCAAUGCCGUGCCACGAUUUUGGGGGUGUAAAGCUUGUGUAAUCCUUAGUGUGUUGUAUCUCUAUUACCUUGUUUAUGCGGUUUGUAGACUAAUAGCAAGCUAUAUAGCAGUAACUAUUCGAGUGGACAGUUGUGUUCAUCUGGAGUGAUAUAUAAUGGCUAUGGUUCUGGGUGUUCUUUCCUUCA